AUGGAACAUAUCAAUCGAAAUGUGCUUGCUGGCGAUAUCAUUGCCGAACCGAUGGAAAUGAUAAAAAGCAACAAAAAAGUCAUUCUUGGCCCAGGGUUACGCAUAGAAAAGGAUACCGUGCGGGCUAGCAAGUGCGGACAGCUGAAGAUGAAGGCUUCCAACACAUUCUGGAUUGAUGCCUACCAGAGACGAUAUGUGCCGAACCGUGGAGAGCUGGUCAUUGGUGUGGUGAUGGCCAAAGUUGGAGAUAUAUUCCGUAUAGAUAUUGGCAGUUGCGAGACUGCCUCUUUGUCGUAUAUGGCUUUUGAAGGAGCUACAAAGAAAAACCGACCGGAUGUGAAUGUUGGCGAUAUUGUGUACGCCCGUUUGCUGAUUGCCCAUACCGACGUCGAACCGGAGUUGGUGUGCGUGGACUCUCAUGGCAAGAAAGGCAAAUUGGGCGUACUACACGAAGGAUUCAUGAUAUGCUGCAGCCUUAAUCUGAUACGAAAGAUAUUAAACCCGAAAUGCACUUUCCUGGCUCUACUUGCGAAGGAGCUGCCCUUCGAAAUAGCAGCUGGCAUGAACGGACGCAUCUGGAUUCGGGGGAGAACAAUAAAAGAAACUAUCGGUGUAGGAAACGCUAUUUUGGCACUGGAAUAUUUACCGAACGAUCGCGUACAAGAACUUUGCGACGAUAUAGGAGCAUACGUAUCUGGUUUUAUCAAAUAA